UAAACAAAUUAGUAUCGUUAAUGAAAGUCAACGCCUUUUAAGUAAUAGUAGAAUUUCAAAUUUAAAUUUGUGAAACAAAAUUAUAACCGUUAUGCUACCGGAAACGGCAACAUUUUCAAUAACCCUACUUGUGUAUGGAUCAAUACUUUUACUGCUAAUUUACUAUGUACUGACACUAGCGGACUUGGAGAGUGACUAUCUAAAUGCUCAAGAAUGCUGUUCACGUUUAAACUUUUGGGUUAUACCAAAAUUCGGAAUACAUGCUUUACUUUGUAUACUGCUAUUGCUUGGAGGGCACUGGAUAAUGCUAUUACUUAAUAUGCCAAUGGCCAUAUGGCUAGGUUAUGAACUGCAAAGACAACCCAGGGAUAGUCUGGGUGUUUACGAUCCGAUCGAUAUACAUAGUCGUGGACUUUUGAAAGUGCAUCUCAGAAAUUGCAUGGUUUAUUUGGGUUAUUACUUCGUUAUGUUUUUCGUAGCAAUGUACUGUUUAAUUAGUUCACUGAUCAAGGGAGACCCAAUUAAACGACAUGAGGAAGGAGAAUUUAUAACCGAAUUUUAAAUAAACCGUAUAUUCUAAGCUGCACUAAUCAAUAUGCUACAAUCAAAUAGUUGUAGAUUUUAUGUUAGUUUUAAUAUCGUACUAGUCAAAUUUUGUCACAAUCGCACCGUAUAAUGAUAAGUAGUAAUGUCUUCCCUUUUUAAAUUUAAGUGCAGAGUAUCAUAAUCAUUUUAAAUCAGUCAAAACUCAUGUUCAUUCGCUCUAAACGUUGUAUCGACUCAUCUAUUCAAUAAUAAGUGCACACGCACAUAAACGCAUUUGUACAUAUAGAUAUAUAAGUAUAAAAUGUCGAAUGUUAACUAAUUUCGUUGUGGAAAACGUCUAUUCAAACAUAUUUUGAAGUAAAUUUAAUUUUGAACGCCAUUCAA